UUUGCAAUGGAAGUUUCCAAUUCCAAUAAUCCAAUCACACAACAUUCUCUCCCAGAUAUCAAAAUCAAAAUCAUUUUAAUUUCCUAAACGCGAGAUCCCUCUCGUCACGGCCACAAACAGCUACUGUGCACUCUAUCCCUGUCAUGACUCAUGCGCAGCCGCAGUCCAUCUGAAAGACUAAACUACCCUCCUCGUUCCUCACUCAUUACUUGCGUUGGUGACCGUGACUGGAUUGGAGGGAACCGAAGCGAACUGCUGCCUGGGUAUCGAAGGGAAUCCGAAUCUCGACGAGGGUUCGUUGUGAUAUUCUCGUUUUGGUUCUCUUGAUUCUAUCUAUUUCUUGACUUCUUUUUUGUUGAGUUGGGUCUUUUGUGAAUUUUCGAUUUUCCUAUGUGGGGUUUUGGAGAUUGGAAGGCAAACGUUGAUGGGUUAUGGAAUCGGAUUUAUAUACGUAAAUGAGAAUUAUGUACUUAUUUGAAUUCUUUACUGAGCGAUGGCGAUAGCAGACCCAGACCUAUUAUGUGGAUUCAAUUAUUGGAUAUUUCUUGUUUAUUGAACGUGAGUUUUAGAUGACAAUUUGUUGGGAUUUUGAGUGGCGUACUAUUCUUUACCAGAUUCUUUUAGAGGGCUAAAAUUGACUGCUGUGUUCUGAAUUUGGAGAGUUUUUGUUGAUUCUGCGGCGAUAUUCUUCUUUUGCUCAUUGGUUAUUUGGUUACAUCAACUUUUUUGGGGUGGAAUUAUGUCUGGUGGGACACCGGUUGGAGGUGGAUAUAUGAGGCAGAGACACAGCCAAGGCUAUGCCUCGGGUGGUGAUGACCUCGAAGAUGAUGCUUGCUCUAGGCCACAGUCCUUUUCACCAUCAAGUCCGAGAGCUCGGUCAUGGGUUGAGAUUGCUGAGAAUGUGCUUUGGGUUGCCUCAGCAGUUUUUAUUGUGUACUUUGGUGACAGGAAGUCCAAUUUCAUUUAUCUUUUGUGGCAUGAUGACCGAAUCAGAAGAUUGCCUCUGUACUUCGGGAUGGCUUGUGUUGGUGUGAACAUUGUCAUCUUCUUUUAUACGAGCAUUUUUUCUUGGAGUUUGAGGAGGUUCAAUGAGAAAUGGGAAUUGUUAAGCAUAUCUGCUUUGCCGUUUGUUACCCUACUGGGGCUUGUUUCCUUCUGCUUGUUUUCCUUUGCUUUGUGGCCUAUUUGGAGUUUCUUGACCCUUCCUCUUGUGUUCACGCUGUUUAUGGCUUGCAUGGUAAUCUUCCCACGUUUUGUGAUGGGGAAUUUCAGGUCACCCAAUGACUCAUUCCGUAUAGAUUAAGCCUUGUGGGUUCCGAGCAAGAAACAUUUGUGACUUAGACGAAAGUGUUUGUAACCAAACAUGGAUGUUUGGUAAGAUUGGCCAAUACAAGCUUUAUGUUACUCUAUGGCCAUGAGACUUCAUGCUAACCACAAUUGUUAAUGUUGUUUUAAUCAUUGGAUUUCAUUUGCACAUGUCCAUAACCUGAUACACCUGAACAGCAGAUCUUGGAUUUCUAUUGCAAUGACCAGUUGGAAGCACAGGUUUGCUUGGACCGGAAUACUGCUGAGACAUUAGAUAGUAAUGUAGAUGUUCAGCCUCUUUGAUGAAUUCUUUGUAUUGAGAAGGCUGUUUGCUGUGGUUCCAGUUUAUAUUGACAAGUAAUGUAAUGGUCGUCGAAUCAUCUUUCAUUAGUUGUUCCUCGUUUAUAUCAUAUUCAUUUCAUUUUUUUUUUCCUUUUAUGAAGCUGGAACUACACUUGCACUCUGAAUGUAGUGUCAUCUUUGUUUUCAGGCAUCUCUGUAACUCUAUUCCAGGAAGAAUGAUCUUGUUAAUAAUUUGAAA